AUACACUGUAUACAACUCUGCCUCCUUCCUCCCUCCUUCCCAGGCUCCUCCUCCCAUUCCUUGCACUUUGUCUACACUGCCGUCUCUGAGCCCGGGCAGAAGGAGCCACAGUUUUUUUCUGUGAGCUACGUGGACGACCAGCCGUUUGUUCACUACAACGCCAGCACAAGGAGGGAUCUUCCCACAGUCCCCUGGGUCAGAGAAGUGGACAAGGAGGACCCUGAGUACUGGGAGUGGAACACCCAGCGUGCACAGACUCAUGAGCUGCGCUUCCAAGAGUCCUUGAUGAAUGUGCCCAGGUACUACAACCAGAGCGGAGGGACACACACCUGGCAGUUUAUGGCCGGCUGUGAGCUGAGGAGAGACGGAAAUAAAGGAGGGUAUUGGCAGUAUGCCUAUGACGGGAGAGACUACAUCAGCCUGGACAAGGAGACUCUCACCUGGAUGCCAGCCGACGUCCCAGCCCAGAACACCAAGAGGAAGUGGGAGGCUGUACAGGCCCUUGCCCAGCUCUUCAAGUUCUACCUGGAGGAAGAGUGCAUUAAGUGGCUGCAGAGGCACCUGGAGUAUGGGAAGGAGUCCCUGCUGAGGACAGAGAAGCCAGAAGUGAAGGUGACACGCAAGGUGGACUAUGAUGGCAUGGAGACCUUGAUCUGCCAUGUGGGGGGCUUCUACCCCAAGGAGAUUGACAUCACCUGGACAAAGGAUGGGGAGGUCUGGAUGCAGGAUACCUACCAUGGCCUGGUGUCCCCUAACUCGGAUGGGACUUACUAUACCUGGAGGAGCAUCACAGUGUACCCCGAGGAGAGGGAACGCUACAAAUGCCACGUGGAGCACGAUGGGCUUCUGAAACCUGUGGACGUGGCCUGGGAAGAGCCUGCCUCCAACCUGUGGCUGAUCAUCGUGGCGUGUGUUGUGGGUGUUACCCUCCUGGCAGCUGGGAUUGCUGGAUCUGCUGUGUAUUUCAAAAAACAACAAAAUGGCUACAAAGGAGUUUCAGUUACUGACCAAGGAUCCAACAGCUCUGGGACAGGGUCUGCUGUGCCCAUCUAGAAUCCCACAGCAAGGUAAAUAAAUGGCAGUGGGAGGGAACAGGGUUAAGCUUUUUGAUAGGGAAUGUUAUUUGGGGCAUAUUUCCCCUCCCACCCUCAUUCAGAAAUUCACAGAGAAUAGAUUUAGAGGG